AUGCGCUUCUUCUACCCCUCCGCCAUGCCGUCAUCAUCCUCAUCCACAUCCUCAUCGCAGCCAGCCCUUUCUCAGCCCCCGCCGCCCGUGUCCGGCGCCGUCGUGGCCUUCCCGCGGCCCCACGUCCUGCUCGUGACGCUCGACCGCCCGCGGCAGCUCAACGCCCUGACGCACUCCAUGCACGCGCAGCUGGACCGGCUGUGGGCAUGGUUCGACGCGGAGCCGUCGCUGCGGUGCGCCGUCGUGACGGGAAGCGCGGGUGGGCGGGCCUUUUCCGCCGGCGCCGACCUCAAGGAGUGGAACGCGCGCAACUCGUCCGCUUCCUCGUCGGCGGCCGAGGACGGCCUGCUGGGGCACGGCUUCGGCGGGCUGAGCAACCGCCGGGGCAGGAAGCCCGUGGUGGCGGCCGUCAACGGGCUCUGCCUGGGCGGCGCGGUGGAAAUGGUGCUCAACGCGGACCUGGUGGUGGCGGCGGCCGGGGCGCGCUUCGGGCUGCCCGAGGUGGGCGUGGGCGUCGUGGCCGUGGCGGGCGGGCUGCCGCGGCUGGCGCGCAUCGUGGGCAGGCAGCGGGCGUCGGAGAUGGCGCUCCUGGGGAGCACGCGGCACACGGCGGCGCAGAUGCGGGAGUGGGGUAUCGUCAACAAGGUCGUCGGCGACGGGGGCGGAGAGGCCCAGGCGGCGGCGGCGGCGGUCGUCGAGGAGGCUCUGCGGUGGGCGGAGCGGGUUGCGGCCAACUCGCCCGACGCGGUCAUGGUGACUCGCGAGGGCCUGCUGGGCGCGUGGGAGGCCGAGGACCCGCGGGCCAGCACGAGGCGGGUUGGCGAGGGCGUGUAUGCCCGGAUGGAGGGCGGGGAGAACAUGCGCGAGGGGAUUGCGAGCUUUGUGGAGAGGAGGAAGCCGGUGUGGAAGGACAGCAAGCUGUAA